AUGUAGAAAGCAAGAAAGACAAGCAAAUCUCUUUAAGUAAAGAGCUGUAAGAUUUUGUAUCAAAUGCACACAACUUCUGCUGCUACACUGCUGCUGAUAAACUUUUCUGCCACUGCGGUGACAUGCACAACUGCCAAGACUAAAAACCAAAACUGAUUAUCUCGAAUAUGUCAGAUUUACAAUCAGUGAAGACAAAACACAAAGCAAAACCAAAAGCCAAUCAGAUAGCAUCUCACAGUGACAAAGCUCUCGGUAUAUUUCCAUUUACGAUGACAUCUUUUUUCCUUUCUGCCUGUGUACAGUAAGACAAACACAAUGGAUAAAACACACACACACACACACACACACACACACACACACACACACACACACACACACACGCCUGUACAGCAAAAGAGGAAGGAGAUCAGUGCUUGCAAAUUAAGGAAGAGCUACUUCUGUCUUUGUCCUUCUCCCUCCUUUGAAAAAAACAAAUGGAUUUCAACAAUGAAAAGGGAAAUGGCCAUGGCUGGGAUCCAUGGGAUUGAAUUUCUUCCUCAACUGUUCCCUUCACGUCCUCUGCAUUAUUCACAGAUGACGACACUCUCUCUGGGACAUGCUUCUUUUAAACAGCCUGCAGAACCCCUCAACAUGAACCACUAUGCUACUAAGAAGACUGUAGCAGAGAGUAUGCUGGAUGUGGCGCUGUUGAUGGCAAAUGCCUCUCAGCUGAAAGCUGUUCUGGAGCAGGGCCCUGAGUUCAAAUACUACCUCACCGUCAUCAUACUCAUCGCUGCCUCACUCUUCUUCCAAGUGCUUGCUGGGGCUCUAUUUGUCAACAUGGCUCGCAAAAACCUCAAUGAAGUGGCCAAUCAGAGGAAGCUGGACAUAAUGAAUAAUUUGGCCACUGCAAUGGUGUUUCUCACUGUCAUCAUCAACAUUUUCAUCACCGCGUUUGGUGUGCAGAAGACAGGUCUCUAUCCUAAGCAAUAACUGUCUCACGAUCAUACAGGUGUUACUGGUGACUGUCUUGACAUGGUGUUGUGCCAAAACAUGUGGAAUAUACAAUAUGCAUGCUACAGUACGAUAAGUAAAAAAUAAUAUGUGACCUAACCCUUGACUAAUUCUUUCAUAUUGUUUGAUUUCAUGGUCUCCAGCAUAAAAAUGGUUGCGAAACAAACUGUUCCAGUUGUGAGACACUACACAGGGCAUUAUAUAAGAGGCCAUAAAUAAAAUAAUAUUUGUCUAUCAAAUAUGCUGUGCAGUGAUAAAUUAACUUGAGGUAAAUUAUACUUGAAUAAUCUUUAUUUAUUAGAGCUUGUUGCACUGUAUCUUAGGUUUUCUGUUUGUACCCUGUAAAACUAAAAAUAAAGGAUUAUUCCUGGAUUUUACUU